GGCUCUAAUCGAAGGCUGUCGCAUCAGUCUAUUUUGACUGUGACUGUCCUGGUCAUCUCCCAGGAAACUGUCAAUAUUUGCGGCUAUAAUCGAAGGCUGCCGCAUCAGUUUAUAUUUCAGGUGAGCUGGUGUCGAAGCAUCAUAACGGUUCUGACUAGUGACAAUUGAACAAUGAUGCAUCAGAUGAUAGUCGUCGCCCUGUUUGUGUGUGGUGUGGAGCUAGCCUGCUCGCAGCCGGCCAAGAUGCCUGAGAAGGCGUCCACCCGUCUGGACCCCGUGCAUCUCGAUCAGGUGCUUUCCGACGCCAAGAUGAGGGACAACUAUGUGCGCUGUUUCAUGGAGAAGGGCGUCUGUACGCCUGAAGCCACCGAGAUCAAACACAUCCUACCGGCAGCUUUGAACGACAACUGCGCGAAAUGCAGUAAGGUGCAGAAGGCCGGCUCCGGAAAAGUGAUUCAGUUCUUGAUGGACGAGCAGCCCGACAUCUGGAAGCAGGUGUCGGCCAAGUACGACCCCAAGGGCCUCCACAAGAAGUGGUUUUCCCCCACGCCCAAGGACAAGAAGACCGCAGCCAAUAAAGGAGCCAAGUCCAACAAUAACUCUUCAAAUGAGAAAGACGAUAGCAAGGGCCAGUGAAGAGGUGGAGCAUACAACAACAGUGAAGAGGAGGAGGUGAACAUUCCUCAAACAUAAGUUGUAUCCAGUUGCAAUAUUAUGUUGUAAUGAAUGUACAAAGUACCAAUAAAAAAAAUUAAUUUGAGAUUC